ACGAACCUAUACAUCGACAUUAGAGAUAAUCAAUGGCCUAUUGUUUAUAGUGAUCGUUACGAUAUCUCCUUCUUCGGCGUAGAAAAAUUGCAUCCAUUCGAUUCGUGUAAAUGGGGAAAGGUCAUGGCAAUAUUAAAAUCUAUGAAAUUAAUUGGUGACGAUGAUAUUGUAAUUCCAAAUGAAGCAACGGAAAAUGACUUGCUGGUAGUCCAUCCAAGCUCUUAUCUGAAGAGUUUAAAGUGGAGCAUAACCGUAGCAAAUAUAAUUGAAGUACCAUUCGUAGCGUUAUUACCAAACUUUGUUGUUCAAAAACGUAUAUUGAAAGCAUUUCGAUAUCAGACCGGUGGAACCGUUUUGGCAGGAAAGUUAGCAUUAGAAAGAGGAUGGGCUAUCAAUAUUGGUGGCGGUUUUCACCAUUGCAGCAGCGAUAACGGUGGUGGAUUUUGUGCUUAUGCUGAUAUCACGAUCUGCUUAAAGAUGCUAUUUCAGCACGUAGAUGGCGUAAGAAAAGCUGUAAUAAUAGACCUAGACGCUCAUCAGGGUAAUGGCCACGAAAGAGAUUUCGCUUAUAACUCUAACGUCUAUAUAUUGGAUUUAUAUAACGCAGACAUAUAUCCUCGUGAUAAGGAUGCAAGACGUGGGAUUAGUAAGGAGAUUAAAAUUAGAACAGGCGAAAAGGAUGAUAGAUACUUAAUGCUAAUAAAACUAAACUAUCCAACUAUUUUAGAUGAAUUCAAACCAGAUAUAGUGAUAUAUAAUGCUGGUACUGAUAUCUUGGAUGGAGAUCCUUUAGGGGGCUUAUGUAUAUCUGCGCAGGGCGUCAUUAAGCGCGAUGAAAUCGUUUUUAAGGAAACGCGUUUCAGAAAUAUUCCGAUUGUGAUGCUAACUUCUGGUGGGUAUCAGAAAAGUAAUGCGAAGAUAAUUGCUGAUUCUAUAAUGAAUCUAUAUCAAAAAAAGCUGAUAGGGAACGAGUAUACAGCUACCUUUUCUUCAGGUAAGUCAGUUAUGCGACCAUCAAGUGUAAUGAUUUUACAAAAAUUACAUUGUAAUCGACUAUUUCAUCACUAUUUUAGAUCAGAAUCUAGAAAAACUGUCAGUAAAGGAAUACACCUUGGAAUCUCAUAG